CUGCAAACAGUAGCGAUGGAGCACGAACCCUGAAGGGACUUCACACAGCCACCCCCCCGAUUUCCUCAGCCCUUUGGUUCAUCUUUCUUUUCCUUCUUUUCUUCCCCUCUCAAAUCUUUCACUCCAUUGUUAUUAUUCCAAACUCGCCCUCUCAUCUGCGCUGCACCUUCUUCCUUCCAAUUCCAGCUUUCCUUUCUCCCAUGGCCGCCCGCCACUGCAUGUCGUCCCGCCAUGGAAAUCAACGCCCGCUCUUAUUCCUUCUCCUUUUCUCUGUUUCAAUCUUCACCCAUUAUAGUUUCUGCGCUCAAGGCAGAGUAAUAGUUCUCGAAAAGCAACAUCAAACAGAGCACAAGGAAGACACCACAUCUCAGGGGAGAAGAGUGUUGAUAGGGUCAAGGCCACCGAGAUGCGAGAGCAAGUGCAGAAAUUGUGGCCAUUGUGAAGCGGUUCAAGUCCCCGUCGUUCCCAACCUCAAACGCCAACCGACAAUCAGGAGUCGAGAUUUGCCCAGGAAUGUGGCCUUUUCCAGAGAGGAUUACCUCUCAAAUUACAAACCCAUGUGCUGGAAGUGUAAAUGCGGCGACCUCAUCUUCAACCCUUGACACACACACACACACACACAUUCAACCUGCACCUGCCCAGAAUCAUGAACCAAAGGAAAGAAACCUCGUUCCUCUUACUAUUCUGUCUUUUUGUCACAUGAAUGAAGAAGAAAAAAAAGAAAGAGUUUCUUCAAUUCAUCUGUCUAUAUAAUUUUGUCAUGUGUGUGUGUAUGUAUGAUAUCCAAAUCUGGAACCGUUAGAUGAAUCCCCAGAUUGGAUACUGUAUGU